AUGGUGACCAAGUUCUACCAGCACGUCCUAGCCAUGGCAUUUGCUAUCAGUGAAAUCAAUGAGAAUCCCAAAAUUUUGCCCAAUAUCACUCUUGGCUCUCACAUUUCUGACAGCUACUAUGAUACGAGGUUGACUUACUAUGCCACUCUCGGUCUGCUCUUCAAGUUACAAAGGUUUGUCCCCAACUACAAAUGUGACACCCAGAAACACCUCAUAGCUGCCAUUGGAGGGCUUGAUUCUGAGACCUCCUACCACAUGGCAGAUAUCUUAAGCCUUUACAAGACUCCACAGCUCCACUCAUUUCUCCAAAAAAUUUCAUUUAACAACUCAGCUGGAGAAACACUGUCAUUCAAUGAUAAGAAAGAAAUGGAUCGUGGAUUUGACAUCAUCAACCUGGUCACGUUCUCAAAUCAUUCUUUCCUGAGAGUGAAAGUUGGAAGAGUGGAACCCAGCACUUUCAAAGGAGAAGACUUCAGCAUCAAUGAUGAGAAGAUUGUGUGGCAAUCCCAUUUUGAUCAGAUGGUGCCCCAGUCUUUAUGCAAUGACCCCUGUCUCCCUGGUUAUUUGAAGGAAAAGAAAGAAGGGGAGAAAUUUUGCUGCUACAAUUGUACUCGAUGCCCAGAAGGGAAGAUUUCAGACAAGAAAGACAUGGCUGAUUGCUUCAAAUGCCCAGAAGAUCGGUAUCCAAGUACGGACCAUGAUCAAUGUAUUCCCAAGAAAAUAAGCUUUCUCUCAUAUCAAGAACCUUUAGGGAUCACUUUGGCUUCAGUUGCUGUUUCUUCAUCCUUAGUCACUGCUUUGGUGUUAGGAAUUUUCAUUAAGCACAGCUGUACUCCCAUAGUCAAAGCGAACAACCGGGAUAUCACAUACACACUCCUGGUCUCCCUCCUUCUCUGCUUUCUUUCAUCUUUACUUUUUCUCGGGCAACCUCGGAAGGUUACGUGCUUUCUUCGACAAUCUGCUUUUGGCGUCAUCUUCUCAGUGGCUGUUUCUUGUGUCUUGGCCAAAACCAUCACCGUGAUUGUAGCUUUCAUGGCCACCAGACCUGGUUCCAGCAUGAGGAAGUGGGUGGGGAAAAGACUGACCAACUCCAUUGUCCUUUCCUGUUCCCUUAUUCAAGGAGCCAUUUGUACGGUGUGGAUAGUAAAAUCUCCCCCUUUCCCAGAUAUGGAUAAACAAUCCCUGACCGGUGAGAUUGUACUAGAAUGUAAUGAAGGGUCUGUUCUGCUGUUUUAUGUUGUCUUGGGGUAUAUGGGACUUCUCUCCCUCAUCAGCUUGAUUGUGGCAUUCCUGGCCAGGAAGUUGCCAGACAGUUUCAACGAAGCCAAGUUCAUCACCUUCAGCAUGCUGAUAUUUUGUAGUGUUUGGCUGACUUUUGUUCCAACCUACCUGAGCACCAAAGGGAAAUACAUGGUAGCUGUGGAGAUCUUCUCUAUGUUGGCAUCCAGUGCAGGUUUACUGGCUUGUAUCUUUUCACCUAAAUGCUACAUUAUUCUUCUGAGGCCUGAGCUGAACAACAGAGAGCAACUAAUGUGGAAGAAAGCAUCAAGAAUCUGA